CCGCGCUCCGGAAGCGAUCGGGGGCUGCCGGGGGGCGCGGAGAUUUCCGGGGGCCGCCGCCGAUGGAGGCUCGGGAACCGCCGAGAGCCUGAGGGGGGCCGGGGGCCGCCGCCAUGUUCGGCUGCCUGGUGGCGGGGAGGCUGGUUUCCGUGCUGCUGGGGUUGAGCCAGCCUGGUGCUCAGCAGCCACUGCUCGUAGCCUUGGCAGCCUCUCCUGCACCCUAUUUUCCGCCUACGCGCGUGGGGAGCGAAGGUAUUCGAUUCCUGUAGGCCUGGGUACAAGCAGCUCCUCAACAAGUGGCCGAAGACAAAUUUGUAUUUGAUUUACCAGACUAUGAAAACAUCAAUCAUGUCGUAGUGUUCAUGCUGGGAACGAUACCUUUUCCGGAAGGAAUGGGAGGAUCUGUCUAUUUUUGUUACCCGGACCAGAGUGGGAUGGCAGUGUGGCAACUGCUGGGCUUUGUCACUAACGAGAAGCCAAGUGCAAUCUUCAAAAUUUCUGGCCUGAAGUCUGGGAAGGGAAGCCAACACCCCUUUGGUGCCAUGAACCUCCCACAGACGCCAACCGUGGCCCAGAUUGGAAUCUCGGUGGAACUGCUGGAGAACCUGGCGCAGCAGACUCCUGUUGCAAGUGCUGCUGUGUCAUCAGUAGACUCGUUCACAGAGUUCACUCAGAAGAUGUUGGAUAACUUCUAUAAUUUUGCUUCCUCUUUUGCCGUUACUCAGGCACAGAUGACGCCAAAUCCUUCUGAAGCUUUCAUUCCUGCAAAUGUAGUUCUGAAAUGGUAUGAGAACUUCCAGAGACGCCUGACACAGAACCCCCUCUUCUGGAAGACAUAAGCUUAUAAAUCAUGUCAUUUGAAGUACUCUUUAACCAGUGCUAUCGGAAAUAUACCGCAGUUAACUUCACUGAAGAAUUUUGAGGGGGGGGAAAGAACGAUUAGUCUGAAUAGACAAACUUGUAACUUUUAUAUUACUCUGAAAAAUAUUUAAAAUUAAAAUCUGUGAAAACUA